AUGUUUUGGUUUCAGAGUUUAUUAUUUGCCCUGUUUGCUGGGCUUCUUUUUUCCUUCACGUCAAGCGUGGUUGUUGCCAUGCCGUUAAGGUACAUGGUAGAAACCGUUUCUGGAAUCACGGGCUCCAUUGGACAUGCUAACGGUGGGCCCGGUACAUCGCUGCUAACGAGACCGUCGGCAAUUUGUCAAGGCCGCAAUGAGGACGAAUUACUUUUUGGUACACAAGGGUACUUCCGUAACUUCUCGCGCAGCACGAAGAUGACGGGUAUACUCAUUGGGGACGGCACAGCGCAGAUUUUGGAUGGGACAUGGAGCCAAGCACGGAUUGACGGUCCAAGGGGUUGUGUGCGGGGGAUAUUCAGCCAAAAAAUGAUUGUUUACUUUGUAGAGGGUCAAAGUAGUCUUCGUUACUUUACCAGCGAUUAUGUACACACCGUGAUGAUAUCCAUCAAUCUGUUCUUUACCGAUGUGAAGCUCUAUGAAGGUAAGCUUUAUAUGACGGAGCAAACUAAGGACGAGGUCUGGGGAUGCGAUAUUGAUGCGGAUGGAGCCCCCGUGUCAUGUGCCUUGAAGACUGGCUUUAAAUGCGAUUACGGGAAGUAUCAUGGCAUCACCGUCACAAAGCAGGGUGUCUUUGUUGUGGGUGAAUCCGCUGCAGGCAUCUGCCAUUUUGACAUGCAUGGAAAUAAACUUUCUGUUCUUGGAGGAAAUUACAUUGAUGUUUUUAGUCUGCCCUCCGAUGAGUUGUACAUCAUGUCAUACACCGAGCUCUUUCACCUCCGUGUCAUUGGCUCUGCAAUGGUGGUGGAAAAAUUUGCGGGUCGUGCGGAUGCCACAUGUCCGCCGCUUAUUGACGGCUACGACUUUACGUUAUGCAAGAAUUUACGUCUCUUUGUGAUUGAUCAGAGUGAAAUGUACCUUGCGACUACCCUAAACACAGUGCGCUCUGUGACCCUUCCGCCGGCAAUUGUGUGGAUGGAGCUUCCGCCCCCGCCUCUGCCGAUUGGAUACCCCGAUGAAUAUGAAGUCAUGAAGAGGAUUAUCCAACUCAUGAAUGAGGAACUCAAUGAGCAUUUGAGGACAAAUGGCACAUAUGUGUC